GCACGUUGGAGAGAUAUUUUGAUGUCUAUCUGGAUAGUUUGCAGCUGACUGUUGUUUUGGGUCCUCGAAGCCUGUUGUCAUUUAAAGAGCAGUGUUGUUAAAUGGCAUUAUUUUUCAUUCUUAACUGUAUGUCUUAUUUGAACCUAACUGUUCAAAAUAUAUAUUGACACGGAGUAUAUAAAGUGAAAUAUCAACGAAAUGUGAUUUUUUUUUUUUUACGGGAUAUCGAUUUGACGCUUAGGUGAAAGUACAAUGCAGGAAAAAUUUGAAAUAUGUGUAUUUUAUGAUCAAGUUCGUUUUAUUUGUUUAUAGACUUUUUUUAAAAAAAUGAAUAGAAAACAAGUUCCAUCCGGUUGCAACAUAGCUCGCUUGGUUCAGCAAAGAGAAACAAGGGAUGCUCUGUGCUACAACCUUCAGCAGAAACUGCAUGCGACAACAUAUUUUGUGAAGCGGCUGGGCUUGGAAAAAGAGUUGGAAGGUCACAAUGGCUGCGUCAACUGCCUUGAAUGGAACGAAAGUGGAACGACGUUGGCAUCUGCCUCGGAUGAUGUGCAAGUUAUUUUGUGGGAUCCAUUUAGAUACCGUAAAAUUCACACCAUAACUACUGGCCACCAUGGAAAUAUAUUUUCUGUAAAGUUCCUGCCCAAGUCGGGGGACGCGGUGCUGGUGACGGGCGCCGGUGACUCGCGGAUCCGCGUGCACGACAUCAACCUGGGGGAGACCACGCACAUGUGCAGCUGCCACACGGGCCGGGUCAAGCGCCUCGCCACCGCCCCCAACGUGCCCUACAUGUUCUGGAGCGCGGCCGAGGACGGCCUCAUCAUGCAGUUUGACCUGCGCAUGCCUCACUCGUGCUCGCGAGAGGUGAGCAACGUGCUGGUGAACCUGCUGAGCCACAUGGGGCGCUACGCUGAAGCCAAGUGCCUGGCCAUCAACCCUCGCCGCCCGGAGCUGCUGGCGGUGGGGGCCAACGACCCCUACGUCCGCGUCUACGACCGCCGCAUGAUCAAGCCCACUACUGUCCAGUACCCACCGGACAGCAUGCUGCGGUCCAACUGGGAGAGGCAAGACUACAUGGCCAAGAGGGCCGGCUCCAGGAACCGAACCGACAACCUUUCCGCGGGUUGCGUCCAGUACUUUGUCGCAGGCCACCUGCCGGUGAAGCUGCAGGACUACAAGAAGAAGUACCGCAACCUGGCGUCCACGUACGUCACCUUCAGCCCCGACGGCAACGACCUGCUGGUGAACCUGGGCGGGGAGCAGAUCUACCUGUUCGACAUCAACAGUCGCAGGAAGCCGACGCGCUUUCAGAUACAGUCCCUGGAGCUGGGCGGCAUCAAGGCAUUCUGCAAGGAACACUGCGACGUCACAAACGGCUACAGCAAUGGUUUCCGGAAUGGCACGAAUGGUUUCGCGACCUCGUCGAAUAGUGUGUCCUUCAACGCCAACGGCGUCGCCUCGGUGCUGUUGCCGUCGCAGUCACCGCCCGUUGCCGACAAGAAGUCGAAACGAGAGAAGAUGCCUCUGGCGAACAAUAUUGAGCUGCUCAAGCUAAAGGCGAAUGAAGCGUUUGAGCAGCAGCUGUACACGGACGCAAUAACGCUGUACAACAGAGCCAUCUCGCUCUGUCCCAACGCUGCCGUGCUGUUCGGAAAUCGUGCUGCUGCCUACAUGAAGAGAGGAUGGGAUGGGGACGUGUACGCGGCCAUGCGGGACUGCCACGCGGCGCUGCAACUAGACCCUGGCCACGUUAAGGCUCACUUCAGGCUGGCCCGCUGCUUGCUUGAGCUGCAGUGGAUCCAAGAGGCUACAGACUGCUUGAAUGCUUUUAAGGUGCGAUUUCCCGAGCACACGCACAGCCAUGCGUGUAAGGCACUUUGUAAGGAUAUAGAGGCUGCCAGUAACACCACUGCAACCAACGUUAAGUCUUCGCCGGACAUUGCAGACGCUGAGGUGGCAGACCUGGACGGACCCUCGUCGUCGGAGGAGGGCAGCAGUGGAGGGGGGGAGCAGCCCAAGCAGUCUGCACACUCGUGGUCGCUGCCCUCACAGCAGGAGGAGGCGUGGUGCGCGGCGGCGUGGGACUACGAAGUGCGCUUCUGUGGCCACUGCAACACCACCACUGACAUCAAGGAGGCCAACUUCUUUGGGAAUGAAGGCCAGUUCAUCGUGGCCGGCUCCGACGACGGAUCCUUCUUCGUGUGGGAGCGCUCCACCACCAACAUCAUCCGCGUGCUGAAAGGCGACGACUCCAUAGUCAACUGCCUGCAGCCGCACCCCUCGUACUGCCUCCUGGCCACGAGUGGCAUCGAUCCUGUCGUCCGGUUGUGGAGUCCUCGUCCAGAGGACGGCAGCAAGAACGACCGGGAGGUGGAGGACCUGUACGACGCAGCCUCCGCGAACCAGAAGCGGAUGAACGCGGAUCCCUUCGAGGUGAUGCUGCGGAACCUGGGGUACCGCAUCACGUCCGUCCAGGGGGAGGACGGGGACAGCAGCGACGACGGCCCCCGAGACGGCGCGGCCAUCAACUGCCGCGCCAGUUAGCCGUGACUCCGCCCCGCUCCCCCCCCUCCCCUCACGCUUCUGUACCAUAUGCUGUCCAUCAUCGACACUUCAUUCAAAACAUGUAAUAAAGCUUUAAUAGGAUUUGGA